AUGAGGAACGCCGAGCGCUCCACCCCCGCCGCCGUCGACCCCAAAUCCGUGAUCAUGGCCGUCUUCUCGAGGACGAAGGCGGCCGGAUCGAGCACCGCCUGCAUCCUCUCGCUCGCCGGAAACCACCUCCGGGCGGCGAACUUCGGCGAUAGCGGCUUCAUGGUGAUCCGGAGAGGAAGUGUAAUUUUCCGAUCUCCGGCGCAGGUGUGGGGGUUCAACGUGCCUUAUCAGCUAGAGGGGAGGUUGAGAGAGGGGCCGGGGCGGGCGGAGGAGAUGGCGGUGGAGGUCCAGAGCGGCGACGUCGUGGUCGCCGCCACUGACGGGUUGUUCGACAAUCUGUUCCCUGAGGACGUGGAGGCCGUCGUGGGGCGGUGCCUCUCGGAGGGGCUGGAGCCACAGAUGGUGGCGCGUGAAUUGGCCGAGGUGGCGCACGUGAACGACGUCGUUUUAGGCGUUUGA